ACUGUAUAGCAUAGUAGGGUCGUCGAGUGAACACGACACGGACGAGCGCGACGCCCGGGGGACCUCCACAUCGAUAUAUCAUUGAACCGGCGGCACGGUCAGUAGUCAUCGCGAGUUGACGACGAGUAGUGCUCGUCGAACGCCCGACUAUUAAAGUAUACAACACAACCGCCGCGGUCGACAGUAAAUAAUUAGAUAUUUUUUAUUUCGCGCAGAAUUAACACUAGAACGCCCGAGUUCAAGUUGACGCGAAUAUUAUAAUAAAGUGUCCGAGGACCAGUGAAAGCGGUCCGCACGGUGCGUACAACAGCCAUAUAUCGCGUCGUCGAUCGUGAAUUUUAUUUUCGACGUUUUGAAAUUUUUUUCGCUUGGUAGUUUUGGACCCCCGACCGCGGACGUAACCGAGACGACGGUUGCGCGCGAGUGCCAAAGCACCGAAGUCUUUUUUUUUAAAAAAGAAUAUCGUCUUUCGCCCUCGUCGAUACUCUCUUUCGUUUGCCGAACAACGCGCCCUGUGUUUAGUUUUUCGCGACAAACUAUUGAAGAGGACGACGGUUCCUGUCGUUUCGGAUUUCGUUCCCGUCUGACCGCAGUCACAGUCAAACGACCUGGCGACGAGAGCGGUGCCCAUUUAUCCCGGAUGACCGGCGACCACGGAAGACGUCUGUAACGCACCCGCAACCACAACACCCACCGCCGCGGGUCCGGCCUCGAAUUGCCGCCAUGGUAAUACUAUCGACAUGGAGUUUCAUCAGCAUCACAGCGUUCGCGUCGCAAAUAUUUGCCAACACGUUACACGAGCACAUGGACGUGGAUGGCCUGAGGACCUUAUUUCACGUGGAACACCAUUCAGAAGUGCCCGUUUACGAAGUCAUCAGUCUGCACUCGAUCGCCAAACGGGAUGCGGACGGUGCGCACAAGGUUCGACUGAAGGCGUUCGGAGAACACCACGACUUGCAGCUGGAGCCGUCCGAUCGUCUUUUUACGGGCGACAAAUUGCGUGCCUGGACGGCACAUCACAACGCCACCACGGACACGGUACACUACACCGAACUACCGAACGACGAACACAUCGGAGUGCCGUAUCAAGACGUCAGUAAACGGGCGGCGGUCGUCUUACACAACGACCACGAGGACGGAACGAUUCUUAUGGAAGGUACCAUUGGGGAUCAUUUGGUGGUGAAGCCCGUGCCAGCCGUGUACAGGAGACACGUACAGUCUACCACCCCCGACGACGAGAUGUUCUUGGACCAAGAGCUUCGAGACGGUGACAACGAAGUGUCCAACCAGGGUUUCCCGCUGAAGUCACAAAAGUUCGUGGCACAUCACAAGCACGUAGUGUACAGAAGGAACCCCGAAACUGACCGGACGGCGGGAGAUUACGCGCUAAUGGAACCAGACGCGUUGCCGAGGAGCAGGCGGAAAAGAUCGAUCACCAAGCGGGAAGCGCCGUACGCCAUUUACCCGGAAAUAAUGGUCAUCGUCGACUAUGACGGUUACAGGUUGCAUGGGGGAGACAACGUACAGAUUAAACGUUACUUUGUGUCCUUCUGGAACGGCGUGGACCUCAGGUACAGACUACUCAAGGGUCCAAAAAUACGUAUAAGCAUCGCGGGCAUCAUAAUAUCACGGGCGAGAGACGCCACGCCCUAUUUGGAGAGGAAUAGAGUCGGUAGAGACGCCAUUGACUCAGCGGCUGCACUCACAGACAUGGGUAAAUACCUGUUCAAAGAACGAAGACUGCCAGUAUACGAUAUCGCCGUAGCCGUCACCAAAUUAGACAUGUGCAGGCGACAAUACCCACACGAUACAUGCAACAGGGGUACCGCAGGAUUCGCGUACGUGGGAGGUGCUUGCGUAGUGAACAAACGUCUAGAGAAAGUCAAUAGUGUCGCGAUCAUUGAGGACACCGGUGGCUUUUCCGGUAUCAUCGUAGCGGCGCAUGAAGUCGGUCACCUGUUAGGUGCGGUGCACGACGGUUCACCACCACCGACCUACCUGGGCGGACCGGGAGCGGAGAAAUGUCGCUGGGAAGACGGAUACAUCAUGAGCGAUCUGCGGCACACCGAAAAAGGAUUCCGGUGGUCACCGUGCAGCGUGUCGUCUUUCCAUCAUUUCUUAAACGGUGACACGGCUACAUGUCUGUUCAAUUCGCCACACGAAGACGAGUCACUACCCAGGAUGUUGCCAGGAAAACUGUUGACUCUGGACGCCCAGUGCAGGAAAGACCGAGGGACCAGCGCCUGUUUCAAAGAUGAUCGGGUGUGCGCUCAGCUGUUCUGCUUUGACGCUGGUUCGGGUUACUGCGUGGCGUACAGGCCCGCGGCAGAAGGAUCACCUUGCGGAGAUGGACAACAUUGCACCAACGGCAAGUGCAUAACGGAACACGAGAACAUAAUACCGGACUUUUCGCAAAACACACCGGCCUACCUGCGCCGGUCGGGAGACGAAGGGGAAGCAACUCAAGACUGGCCGCAGUAUUUGACUCCUAACGUCACGA